GUAGGAAUAACGCAACCUGGAAAACAAGCAGUCCCGGAAUCUAGGGUUUUCGGGUUUUUUUUAAGGUUGUCCGGUGAGAGUAGCUUUUAACUUGACUUGUUCGCUGGGAGAUGAUAAGAGGAAAACAUGUUGGACAUCAACUUGUUCAGGGAAGAAAAGGGUCACGACCCUGAGAAAAUUCGUGAAUCCCAAAGGCGUCGUUUCGCCAACGUUGAAGAUGUCGACGUCAUCAUCGACCUUGACAAAGUCUAUCGUCAACUGUUAUAUGAACUUGAAAACCUGCGAAAAGAGUUCAACAAGAUUAACAAACAAGUCGCUCAACUUAAAAUUGCUAAGCAAGAUGCAUCAGAGACGAUUGCAAAGACAGAGGAGGUUAAACAGGGAAUAGCCGAGAAAGAAACUGAGGUUAAGGAUGCUUGGGCUGUUCUGAUAUCUAAAUUGGAGAAAAUUGGGAACCUUGUGCAUGAUACGGUUCCCAUCAGUGACGAUGAGGCAAAUAAUGAAGUGAGUAGAACAUGGGGUGAGAAGCGAUUGGAGCCUAAGCUAAAAAACCAUGUUGAGCUUGUUGAGCUUCUUGGGAUUGCAGAUACAAAAAAGGGUGCUGAUGUAGCAGGAGGUAGAGGUUUCUACCUAAAAGGAGAUGGGGUGCGUCUGAACCAAGCUUUGAUCAAUUUUGGGCUUGAUUUUUUGGAGAAAAGGGGUUAUACAGCAUUGCAAACACCUUUUUUCAUGAGAAAAGAUGUUAUGGCCAAGUGUGCCCAAUUGGCUCAAUUUGAUGAGGAACUUUACAAGGUGACUGGCGAGGGUGAUGACAAAUAUCUUAUUGCAACAGCUGAACAGCCACUCUGUGCUUACCACUUGGAUGAUUCGAUCCAUCCUUCAGAGCUACCUCUAAGAUAUGCUGGAUAUUCAUCUUGCUUCCGCAAAGAAGCUGGUUCACAUGGCCGUGAUACUCUUGGAAUUUUCCGGGUUCAUCAAUUUGAGAAAGUGGAGCAGUUCUGCAUCACCAGCCCAAAUGGCAAUGAUUCUUGGGACAUGCAUGAGGAAAUGAUUAAAAACUCUGAGGAUUUUUAUCAGAUGCUAAAGCUUCCUUACCAAGUUGUGGUGAUUGUUUCUGGUGCUCUUAAUGAUGCUGCUGCCAAGAAGUAUGACUUAGAAGCGUGGUUUCCAGCAUCUCAGACUUACAGAGAGUUGGUAUCCUGCUCAAAUUGUACAGAUUAUCAAUCAAGGAGAUUAGAAAUUAGAUAUGGGCAGAAAAAGAACAAUGAGCAGACAAAACAGUAUGUUCACCUGUUGAACUCCACUCUCACAGCAACAGAAAGGACCAUGUGCUGCAUCCUUGAGAAUUACCAGAAGGAAGAUGGUGUUGAAAUACCAGAAGUUUUACAGCCGUACAUGGGUGGGAAGGCCUUCCUGCCAUUCAAGGCCAAACCUGCUGCUGAAGCUAAAGGGAAGAAAUCAAAGGCCUAGUUUUAUACGUCUUACUAAACCUUUACUUUAGUUACCAUUUAAGGAACAAGUGUUCAGUUUGGCCGAAAACUAAUUUCGUUACUCUGAAAUUGUUGUCUACAGCUUUUUAUCACGAUACCAAUAUACCAUUCAAUUGUUUUGUAGUAUUUUGCAAAAGAAAAUCCAGCCCUGGUACUGUGAUGCAUGCUACAUGACGUGGUACUGUGAUGCAUGUUACAUGACGUUUGAAGCCGUUGGGAUUUUUACAAAUUUCUCAAUCUGUAACCAAUUGCCAUAAAUUUGGUUAGUUACAAUGUCCCAUUUCGAACAAGGAGGAUGCCCUUUGAGGAUUUGCAUCACCAUUUUUAGUUUGCCCUCACUUGAAUGUUUUCUCUCUGAUGUACAAUAAAGGACGAAUUUAGUUGCUGAUAAA